UGAUUGAUACAAAUAACAAUGAAAAACAGUGAAGAAAAUGAUGAUGCCGAUAAUUUGGCAAAAAAUCCAAAUGAAGAAGAUAAUAAAAUGGAAGAAAACAAAGAUGAUCAAGAAAAAGAUGAACAAUCGAUUCGUGAUUAUAUUAAAGAAUUAACCGAAAGAUUUCAAGAAAAACGUAAAAAACGUUAUGAAAAUGAUCCAACAAAUAUUGAAUAUCCAGAUGAAGAUCUGUUCGUACGAUUAGAUACAUCGAUCAAAAAAAAUACAGCAUUUGUUAAAAAAAUACGUAAUAUGAAUGAAACAAAUAAAGAUUUAAUAAUGAAAGAUUUAGAAAAUCUUAAUCUAACACGUUUCAUAUCGGAAUUAGCAACAGCAUUGGUUGAAACAAAAAUCAAAGCAACUGAAAUCAAUUUAUUCAUACAGAUUUGUUCAUUUUUACAUUGUCGUUAUCCAGAAUUUGCCGCACAUUUAUUCGAUGCAUGGAAUAAAAAUCUACCAAAAAAACCAACCGAUCAAUUUAAUGCAUCCAAAAUGCGUAUCGAUAUUAAAAUAUUUACCGAAUUAAUUUUAUCGGGUAUAUUUUCAACCAAAGAUUCAUUACCAGCAUUAGGAAAUUUACUUACCAUACUAACAAAUUCGGAUAAAGAAUCACAUAAAAAUUUAAAUAUUUUAAUUGUAUUUUGUCGUAGUUAUGGUGUUGAAUUCGCCGGGAUUUAUCCACGACGUCAACGUUUAUUAGCUGAAAAAUUUCAACAAAAUUUACCUGUUUGUGAUUUUUUAUCAAUCGAACGACAAAAAGGUGUACGAACAUUAUUAAAAGAUUAUUAUCAAUCAUUAAUACAACAUAUAUCAAAAGAUCGUAAAUAUUUAUUUCAUUUAAAAAAUGAUAUGAAACGUAAUUUAGAAACACGUGGUGAAGUUUCCGAAACAUUACAGGAACGUUGGAAAACUAAAUCAACGGAAUUUGAAAAAUUACAUCAAUCAACAAUAAUAUUUGCCGAUUUAAUAGAUGAACAAAUGCCCGAUAUUGAUAUUGAAACAUUAGAAAAUGAUACAAUAUUAAUGAAAAAUGAAAAUGUAACAGCUGUUUUAUUUGAUUUAAAUCGUUUUAAAGAAAAUAAUCCAACAAUAUGGGAUGAUGAAGAAACAAGAAUAUUUUAUGAAAAAUUACCUGAUUUAAAAUCAUUAGUACCGGCUAUGCUUUAUAAGGAUAGUUUAAAGGAUGAUACAACGACAGCUACAGCAGCAAGUAACAAUUUGACUGAAACUGGAAAAGAAAUUGUUGGUGACCAGCCUGAAAAUGAUCAACCAUCAACAGUCGAAACCGAUAUAGCUGAUCUGACCAAUGAUGAUGAUGAUCUAAUAUUAACGGGUGAUGAUACAACAAUACCAGAUCCAAAAGAUGUACCAUUAUUGAAUGAAAAUGAUGAUUUGGAUGUUUUGGAUGAUAACAAAACAACAACAACAACAACAACAAUGAAUGGUCGAACACGUUUGGUAAAAUUUAAUUUUAAUGCAACCAAAGAUCAAUUGGAUACAUUUUUUUCUAGUCUUCCGAAUUGUGUUAAUUGUGAUCUGAUUGAUAAAGCCGCUUUGCAUUUUGCUACAACAUUUAAUACGAAAAAUAAUCGAAAAAAAUUAGUUGAUAUAUUGAUUCGUGUACCACGUACACGUUUAGAUUUAUUACCAUUUUAUGGUCGUUUUGUUGCUCAAUUAACACCAAUUAUGCCAAGUGUUUCGAAUGAACUUUGUGUUGGAUUAAAAAAUCAAUUUCGUUAUAAUUUUUAUAAAAAAGAUCAAGUUUAUAUUGAAAGCAAAGUAAAAAUUAUACGUUUUAUUAGUGAAUUGGUUAAAUUUAAUUUGUUUUCCAAGACUGAAGCACUUAAAAUUCUUAAGACACUAUUAUCAGAUUUUCAUCAUCAUCAUAUUGAAAUGACUUGUAAUCUAUUUGAAGUUUGUGGCCGUUAUCUAUAUCGUUGCCCAGAAUCACAUCAUAUGACAAAUUUAUUAUUACAACAAAUGAUGCGAUUGAAAAAUCAUAUGUAUGUUAAUACUAGAUAUGAAACAAUGAUACAGAAUGCUUAUUAUUCGGUUACAUCGGAAGAUAAAUCGUCUUCAAGAAUAAUACCGGCCAAACCAAUAAUGCAUCAAUAUAUUGAACAUUUAAUUUAUACAGAAUUAACACGUAAAAAUGUAUCGAAUGUAUUGAAAAAAUUACGUCGUUUAAAUUGGAAUGAUAAAGAUAUUAAUACAUUUGCUAUAAAAACUUUGUCAUCAGCAUGGAAUAUAAAAUAUGAUAAUAUACCAGCAUUGGCUAGUUUAUUAUCAAAUUUAUCACAAAAUCGUUCACAAACAGUAUUGAUGGUAAUGGAUACAAUAUUGGAAAAUAUUCGUAUCGGUAUGCAAAUGAAUUCAUUGGAAUAUAAUCAACGUCGUAUAGCGACAAUAAAAUAUUUUGCCGAAUGUUUUAAUUAUAAUCUUUUUGAUUCAACAUUAUUAUUUAAUAUAAUGUAUUCAUUAUUAUUAUAUGGUGUUGAUUAUAAUGAUCUUUCGAAAAGUACAAUGGAUUCACCAUUUAAUUUAAUACGUUUUCGUUUGGUUGCACAAAUUUUACAUAUUUGUGGUCAUUUUUUAUUAUCACCAGUUGCAAAAAAGAAAUUGGAUUUUUUUCUAUUAUUUUUUCAGCGUUAUUAUUGGCUAAAGAAAUCCUAUACAAAUUCAUUACCAAUCGAAACAAUCGAUCAGAUGUCAUUAUUUUAUUUGGAUGCAAUAUUUGCUGAUGUUUUACAAUUUUUACGUUUAAAAUUUAAAAAAGCUGAAUCAUAUGAAGAUUCUUGUAAACAAUUGGAACAAAGUUUAGAAGAUUUAGCAAAAAAUUUGAAAAAUGUAUUGCCAAAUUUAAAGAAUGUAUCGAUAAAAAAUGUAUUAACAAAUCAGGCAACAACAACAAUCAAUAAUAAUAAUAAAGAUGGUGGACAACUUGAACCAAUCAAAGAAGAUUCUGAAAAUGAAAUUAUCGAUGAUAAUAAUGAUGGUGACAAAUUACAACAACUGCCUAAAAAACAUGAAAAUAAUAAUAAUAGCAAUAAUAAUAAUAAGGAAGAUAAUUUUAAUCCUUUCAUCAUCAUCAAUAAUAAUCAAAAUGAUUGUGAUAAUAAUAAUAAUAAUAAUUCCGGUGGUAAUAUUGUCACCGCUGCUGCUGAUUAUAAUAGUGAUUAUGAUCAAGAAGAUAAUGAUGAUGAAGAAGAAGAAGAUAAUCAUAGUAGUAUUGGUGCCUUUAAUAAUGAUAAUAAUAAUGGUGGCGUCGGCUGUUCAUCAUCACAACCAAUCAUUGAACAACAAUCAACCGAACAAAAAGAUAAUUAUAAUGAUCCUAUCAAUAAUGCGGAUAUCGAUCCUGAUGAUGAUGAUGAUAGUGAUGAUGAUGAUGAUUUAGAUAAUAGUAAUGAAGAAGAUAUUGAUGAGGAUGAUGAUGAUGAAUAUGAUGAUGAUAUUGAUGAUGAAGAUGAUGUUGAUGUUGUUGACGAAGAAGAAGAUGAAGAUGAUGAUGAUAAGGGUGAUGAUAAUGGUAAUGGUGGUAGCAGUAGUAUACGAAUACAACCAUGUGAAGAAGAUGAUAAAUUUCAAUUAGAUUUUGAACGUUUAAUGAUGGAAAAUUUACAAUCACGUUCACAAGAAGUAACACAACGUAUAAAUGUUGAAAUUGUUAUACCAAUUGAACGUGAUUCUGGUCGACAACAAUUUAGUGGUGGUAUUGGUGGUGAUCAUCAUCAUAAUUCAUCAUCAUUAUUUUCAUUAGAACCAUCAACAACAACAACAACAACAAAUCGUAAUCGACAACAAUCAUCAAAAGAAUCAGAAGAAACCAAAUUCAAUUUUCGUGUUAUGACUAAAAAUCAAAAAUCAAAUAAACCAAUAUUACGUUCGAUUGAAGUACCUGUUGAUUCGGAUUUAGUACAGAAUUUUUUAGAACGUGAACGUGAAAAGAAACGUGAAAAAGAACAGGUGAAAAAAUUAAUACUUGGCUUUAAUGAACGUAGAGAAAUGGAAGAUCAUCAAAAUCCAUCAAAUUCAUCAUCAUCAUCAAUUUCAAGUGUUAAUUCGAGUAAUGUUAAAUCAAUGGCGGCUGGUGAUCAUCAUUAUCAACAAAAUAGAUCUCCUGGUGGUGGUGGUGGUUAUUUUCAUCAUUAUCGUGGUGGUGGUGGUAAUUAUCGAAAACGUUUUCAAUAAUCAUCAUCAUUAACAUUGUUAAUGAGAUUCAAUAAUGUCAUUGGGUGUCUUAAUUGAAGUUUUUUUUCUGUUUUGAUGUUGACUUCAAGAAAAAAUUUUUUCUCACGAUAUGAACCAUGAUGAAAACAUCAUUCAGGUUUAUUAUUUUUCUUUUUACACUAACAAGUUUCGCCAGACUAAUUAUCCAUCCAUCGAGAAGAAAAAUCGAAAGACAAAAUAACAAAAGAAAGAAACAAGGACAAGCAGCAGGCCUGAAAAUUUUUCCUGGAUAAAUGAAUGUCGAUAUAA